UGUGAGCUAAUCAUCUCGCGCAGUAUUUUAGAUCCCCGGCCGGCGGCCUCUCUCGCCGCGUUGCACGACCUCGCACUGCACAGGCAAAUUAACACAGGCAGGGCGGUAACAUGGCUCACGGCCCGCCGGACCGGGAAGCGGCGACGCCCGCGUGGCGCGGCUCCGUGCGAGCCGCGGCGGCAGGGCCGACACCCGACCAGGCGUGGGCUCUGCUGCGGGACUUCUGCUCCCUCGACAAGUGGGUGCCAUCGGUGCGGACUUGCCGGAGGCUGGAAGAGGAGGGCGGUGCCGAAGACGGCGCGCCCGGGUGCGUCCGGUACUGCGAGGGGCCGGUGAACAUGGCCGCGGCCCCGGGCGAGCUGGAGGAGGUCGUCGGCUGGUCCAAGGAGCGGCUCCUGGAGGUCGACGCGGCGGGGAGGUCCUACAGCUACGAGGUGGUGGAGACCAACAAGGGGUUCGGCCGGUACCGUGCCACCGUCGGGGUCGAGCCCGAACCGGCCGGGUGCGCGGUCAGAUGGUCGUUCGAGGCCGACCCGGUCAAGGGCUGGACGCUCCAAGGCUUCGUCGGGUUCCUGGAGAAGCUCGCGCGUGGCGUCGCCAAACGGCUCGAGGAGAAGAUCAUGGUGAAGGCUGAUGAUCAUCUUGCAUAAAGUUGCGCUUGUUGUGAUGUGUUGUUUUUCGCUAUCUUGUUGAAUAUCGACGUUGUGAUGUCUAGAUUGGUUUACUGACAUGCAUUGCUAUAGAUGAUAUGUCAAUAAAUUAUAGCCGACAAUAGGCUAUACUAUUAAUUUUGAUCUUAUGCUCCAACACUA